AAUCGGUUUUCGUUUACUUGGUCGCUCCUCCUCUCUCCAUCGUUUCUAGCAAGCUAGCUAGAUAACUAGGAGAGCUACCUUGAAGUUUGGAGACUCAAAGUGGAUAAGGGGGAAACAGGCUGACGGAAAAUGGCAGACGUCGAGGGAGAGGGAAUUAAUUCGGUGGCACCUCGGUUAGUUCAGCCAUCCUCUCCUAACGGCUCCGGUGCCAGCCCAACGCAGGGCACCGGCAGUUGCCAAACGGUGACUACCGUUACGUCAGGCCCGCGACUGGUGCGGAUAGUCAAGUCUGACUCGGGAUAUGGCUUCAAUGUCCGGGGACAGGUUAGCGAAGGAGGACAACUACGGAGCAUCAACGGGGAAUUGUAUGCCCCGCUACAGCAUGUUAGUGCUGUUUUACCGGGAGGUGCAGCGGACAGAGCCGGUAUCUCGAAAGGGGACCGGAUUCUGGAAGUUAAUAGUGUGAACGUGGAGGGGGCGACCCAUAAGCAGGUGGUGGAUCUGAUCCGUGCGGGGGAGAGGGAGCUGAUGCUGGCCGUGCUGUCUGUACCUCCCCAGGAGGCUGACUGUCUGGACCCUGGAGACGACGGCUCAGCCCAGUCCUGCUAUGACUACAGCGACAAACAGGCCGUCCCCAUCUCCGUCCCCACAUACAAACACGCUGAACUCAACCAGGAGAGGUUUGUGGUGUAUAAUGUGUACAUGGCAGGCAGACAGCUGUGCUCUAAGAGGUACAGGGAGUUUGCUAUCCUCAACCAGAACCUGAAGAGAGAGUUUGCCAACUACACCUUCCCCAAAAUACCUGGCAAAUGGCCCUUUUCCCUGUCUGAACAACAACUAGACGCUAGACGCAGGGGACUGGAGGAAUACCUGGAGAAAGUGUGUUCAGUGAGGGUGAUUGGGGAGAGUGAAGUCAUGCAGGAGUUUCUGUCUGAUGAGUCUGAUGAGAACUAUAACGGCGUAUCAGAUGUGGAGUUGAGGAUAGCCAUGCCUGAUAAAACCACCGUCACAGUCCGAGUCCGCAAGAACUGUACAACUGACCAGGUCUACCAGGCUGUGGUCAUGACAGUAGGAAUGGACAGCAUAACGGCCAGCUACUUUGCUCUGUUUGAGGUCAUCAACCACUCCUUUGUGCGUAAACUGGCUCCUAAUGAGUUCCCCCACAAGCUGUAUGUUCAGAACUACACAUCUGCUGUCCCUGGGACCUGCCUCACCCUGCGCAAGUGGCUCUUCACCACCGAGGAGGAGAUCCUGCUCAAUGACAACCAACUGGCCGUCAGCUACUGCUUCCACCAGGCGGUGGAUGAUGUGAAAAGGGGAUUUAUCAAGGCAGAGGAGAAGUCCUACCAGCUACAGAAAUUAGCAGAACAGAAGAAGAUGGCCAUGUAUCUCAGUAUGUUACGGGGCUGUGAAGGCUACAAUGAGAUCAUCUUCCCACACUGCUCCUGUGACUCCCGACGCAAAGGCCACGUCGUCACAGCCAUCAGCAUACACAACUUUAAACUGCACGCCUGCACAGAGGAGGGAACGCUAGAGAACCAGGUGAUCGUGUUUGAGUGGGUGGAGAUGCAGCACUGGGACACUGAUGAGGAGGGCAUGGCCUUCUGUUUCCAGUACGCCAGGGCAGAGAAGAAACCUCGCUGGGUCAAGAUCUUUACUCCCUACUUCAACUACCUGCAUGAGUGCGUUGAGAGAGUCUUCUGUGAACUCAAGUGGAGGAAAGAGGUGGAAGAGGAGGCUGUGGAUAAAGACAAUAAGAACUGCAGUAAAGAAGGUAUGUGUAGCAAGAAUAUCUUCCAGCUGUUGAGACACAGAAGGGAUGGAGGCACCUAGGAGGAGAGAUCAUCACCUCCUAAACAUGCUCUCCUCCAUCCGUCCCUCUGGUCUGGUUCGGCCCGGAACUACCACCACUACCUGUCCUCACACAACUACUACUACACCAACUACAAACUAGAACUUCUACAUACCAUUAACAGCAACUACAGAUCAACAACCACCACACACCAUCAAACUACAAAUGAACAACUUCUGGACUGACUGAAGGAGAAACAACGACACACACUACAACUUAAGCUGUUAUUCACCAUGAACCCUUGAAUACAACCCAAGCACACAAUAUAAACACAAGCCAACAGGAAGCUACAGUAGAAACAUAUAGCAGGUUUGUACAGGUGAAUAAGUAACUCUAAAGACUUAGAUACAUGCCUUCAUACAUCGCAUCACCUCAUUGGUCAAAACUCCAUGGAGACCUGUGACUAUUGGCUAAGGAGGCUAACGUCUUGUGGUGGGCUUAGAUGAAGGAGAUGGUUCUCUGGGACGAUAUUGGACAAGGGAUUUGACACGUGCAAGGCCAUUGGGUGUUUUGUGGCCACUUUGGAGUGCUCUGGACUGGAACAGAGUGCAGUGGUAGAAGAGAACAAAAGAGGGAUACAGAUGCUGGAACAGAACCUGUUCUAAAAGAGAAAACGGCUGGUGGUGUUGGAACAGAACCUGUUCUAAAAGAGAAAACGGCUGGUGGUGUUGGAACAGAACCUGUUCUAAAAGAGGAAAUGGCUGGUGGUGAUGGAACAGAACCUGUUCUAAAAGAGAAAACGGAUGGUGGUGAUGGAACAGAACCUGUUCUAAAAGAGGAAAUGGCUGGUGGUGAUGGAACAGAACCUGUUCUAAAAGAGGAACUGGCUGGUGGUGAUGGAACAGAACCUGUUCUAAAAGAGGAAAUGGCUGGUGGUGAUGGAACAGAACCUGUUCUAAAAGAGGAAAUGGCUGGUAGUGAUGGAACAGAACCUGUUCUAAAAGAGGAAACGGCUGGUGGUGUUGGAACAGAACCUGUUCUAAAAGAGGAAAUGGCUGGUGGUGAUGGAACAGAACCUGUUCUAAAAGAGGAAACGGCUGGUGGUGUUGGAACAGAACCUGUUCUAAAAGAGGAAAUGGCUGGUGGUGAUGGAACAGAACCUGUUCUAAAAGAGGAAACGGCUGGUGGUGUUGGAACAGAACCUGUUCUAAAAGAGGAAACGGCUGGUGGUGUUGGAACAGAACCUGUUCUAAAAGAGGAAACGGCUGGUGGUGUUGGAACAGAACCUGUUCUAAAAGAGGAAAUGGCUGGUGGUGAUGGAACAGAACCUGUUCUACAAGAGGAAAUGUCUGGUGGUGAUGGAACAGAACCUGUUCUAAAAGAGGAAAUGGCUGGUGGUGUUGGAACAGAACCUGUUCUAAAAGAGGAAACGGCUGGUGGUGUUGGAACAGAACCUGUUCUAAAAGAGGAAACGGCUGGUGGUGUUGGAACAGAACCUGUUCUAAAAGAGGAAACGGCUGGUGGUGUUGGAACAGAACCUGUUCUAAAAGAGGAAACGGCUGGUGGUGAUGGAACAGAACCUGUUCUAAAAGAGGAAAUGGCUGGUGGUGUUGGAACAGAACCUGUUCUAAAAGAGGAAACGGCUGGUGGUGAUGGACUGAGGAGACGCAUCUGAAAAGUUCUAAAACAGGAACUGUGUGUGUGUGUGUGUGUGUGUGUGUGUGUGUGUGUGUGUGUGUGUGUGUGUGUGUGUGUGUGUGUGUGCCGACUGAUUAUGGACAGCUGUGAGAGUCUAGGUUGGAACCCUGGAGGUAGAAACAACCCUUCUCUCUGACUCUGAACUGAACUCCCAGAAUGAGUCUAGACAGACAGACGGAGGGAACCGGCCACAUGAUACAAGAGACUGGACUCAUAUGAACCACACAGACCGAUUGACAUAUGGAUAUUAUCUCCUGUUUGUAGCCACUAUCUCCAUUUCAAAGAGAUCUACUGAAGAGACUAUUACAGAGAGAGAGAGAGAAACCAUACAUUUCCUUUAUUUAUGACUAUUGGGCCGAGCAGAACCAAGGGUAGCAUGUGUGUUUCAGCUGCUGGUUCUGUUUCGGUUUACAGAUGCUGAAAUUGCCCUGAAGCCAUUUUUGAAUACAUAAACCUUCUCAUUAAAACACACACACACACAGAAUGCUCAUCAUGUAGGAAUUGGAUCCCAGGAAAGUAUUCUGCCAUCUUGACAGAUACCUGAACAAGGAACAUGUUUACUUCACCUGUGUGUUUUGUGUCUAAAGACAUAUAUAUAUAUAUAUAAAAUGAUAUAUAUCAUUUUUAAUGUGGACAUUUCAGACAUUGGACAGAAUAGCACAAAAACCCUGUAAGAUGUUGACCACAUUAAGCUCAAUAUGUAUUCAUUCUAUGCUAGGGUCUCAUGAAGACUGUAUUUAUACUGGGUUGUAAAUAACACUGAACUCAAAGUGCAUCUCGA